UUGAAGACUCACAGGACAAUGAGCCGUUUUGUUUCGGACUCAAGCUCGACGUCGGCAGCAGACACUUUGACUUUUAUUUUCUUGCAGGCGCAUUUGAUUUGAAGUUUCCACACUUCUGCGAAUGACAACUUUGUAUAAGUGUUCCUGUCCGGAGAAAGGAGUUUUAGUUUGCUCACGGCUGCAGUGACUUGUGACCAUGGAGCACAAUAGCCUGUGCUGUCAGGUCUGUGUCACAACAUUUAACAGGGUGUCUGAUUUCAAGAAACAUGUGCACUCAGAGGAACAUCGACAGAAAAUGGGAGAAGUCUUCCAGAAAGAUAAGUUCAGGGAUCAUGGCUUCAUUCCCUCCAUUAUUGUUAUGGACCCACUUGCCAAACCUGAAAUGAAACAACCCAUCAUAGGCUUGUCUCUGCUGACUCUGUGCUUCAGUCCAGAGACACAGACCUUUUUUUACUUGUGCCACGUCUGCGAGGAAAAGCGUCCACCAGACAAGAUUUUACACCACCUCUCCACUGGUGACCAUUGCAGCAACUACUUUAACUACACAGACCCCAAUGUACUGAGUUUCUCCUGGAUGCCCAGCAUGGACAUGAGAGCCAUUCUGAGGCCUCAUCUCACAAAGGAAGUCAAAGCAAGAGGAUCUGGAACAUUACAGAUGUUGGAUUUACCUGAAAACCUGAUAAAAAAGCUUGAAACAAGUACUUACUCUGAAGUGAUGCGCGCUCUAAAUGAAAAUGAUAAGUUUCUCAAGCUGUUCGAAGCCACCAAUCCAAACAGGAUGAUGAUCCAGACAUACCAAAGAGACGGAAACAGAAAACAUCCACUUCUUGGCAUGCAGCACGUUGUUGAAUGCAUCUGUGACGGACCGCCUGAGAAGAGAUACUACCUCUGCACUCUCUGCAACUUAACUUUGGCCACCCACAUGAUCAUCAAGCAUGUCCUGAGCUUUGACCACAUCUUUUGUUACUUUAAAGCAUGGCACCCCUCUACUUUGCUGUCAAAGGAAAGCUACAAGGAUUACACAGAUUCCUUCACCUCCAUGAUGCGAGAUUUCGCAAAGCAGACGGAAGACAUUCAUGCAACUGCAAACACUGACAUGAAGGAAGUGAACCUGAAGCCUGCUGAAUUCCCAUCGGUGAAUUUCACCUGUUUUGCAGAAGCAUUUAAGAAGCUGGAAUGCAUCAUGAAAGAAAACAAAGGGAGCAGCUUGAUCACAAGCAUCAAACCAGGGAACAAGCUGGAGUAUCGUCCUGUGGCAGCAGUGUCUCGAGCAGCACCGUACAAACUUCGCUGUCAGGAUUGCAGUGCUGUCUUUGAUCAUUUGUUUCAGUAUAAGAAUCAUUUGUUAAAGUGGAAACACAAACAGAUGUUGACCAAAUUCUUCAGAGAAGAUGAAAGCGCCAGUGGUUAUAACCAAACAGGUUCUUGCAUGCCACAUCUGGGCUUGUACAGACACAUCCAAGAUGGCUUGAAAGCAAAUCAACCAGCUGUUGGUGUCUCCCUGGUUGUGACGUGUGUGAGCACUCAGGUUCAGACAUCACCUGUUUAUGUAUGCUUUGCCUGUAAGGACAGUUUUCCUGAUAACUCUCUCAAGCAACACUUUAAUUCUCAAAAACAUCUCAUAAACACAUUGCUGUACCAGAAUCCCUGGCGGCUUCCGUUUGCCUGGGAGGACAAGGUGGAUGUGAAGUUGUUGAAGUCAAUGGCAUGGGAAGAGGAGAAUGAAAGGGGAGCAAAUCAGAGGGUGCUGAAGAUUCUUGAUAUCCCAUACUGGAUAUUUCACAGCCUCAUCCCACUGAGUUACCCAAAAGUGAUGCAGAGACUUCAACUAUACCACACUCUCCUAAAGAAUGAAGUUCCACAUUGUGAAACAUACAGCAAACUCAAAGAAAAUGAGAGGUUUCCUCUGCUCGGGAAACAGUUCAUGGUCAUGCAUGAUACAUAUGUCAGAAGGCAAGGGUCCACAGAAGUGGGAGUGGGAUUUCUGUGUUUGCUGUGUAAGAGGACACUGUCGAAUACUGAAUGUUACGCUCAUGAGUUCAGUCGGGAACAUGUAGCAAGAUUUCUGGAUGCUUUCCACCCAGGCUCACAGAGUUCAAGCACUGACGCAGAGACCUUACUGGACUUGGCAACACAGACAGCACGUAUUCACUCUGUAUCACAUGUACAGAAAAUAAAGUUGGACAACCCCAUGUGGGAGCCGUGCCCCUACCACAGAGCAAUGAAAACCGUGGAAUAUGCAAAAAGAAGAAAUGGGGGAGGAGCACUUGAACCCGCAAUAAAGCCUAAAAUGAAGCUGAUUUCCAAGAAAACCCAGAAAACAGUGGAUGAGGACCAUGUGAUAGACAACAGUCAGAAAAGCAGUACGACGAUGGAGGGAUCUGAGGAAAAGACCAGCCAGAAAUCUACAGACAACAAUGAGAACGUCUCGAAAAAUAUUUCAGUAAAACUUGAUUCUGAAAUCGCCAAUAAAUACGCUGUAAAAAGUGAAGAAAAUGCAGAAAAAGCCCACAAAAAGACUCCUACGCCAAGUAACAAAGAACCAAAGAAGAUAAGAGACGUGUUUUCAGAAGCUAGCACGGAUGAGAUUAAGAAUGCAGGUAUGGAGACAUGCCAGUUGAUAAAAGAGGAGGUGGAGGAGAUGGAAGUGCCGGAGAAAGAUGAUGAAGCCGAGACUGGAAAAGAAGAGAGCAACAGUCACCAAUAUGUCCUGACACAAUUGAAGAGUUACAUAUGCAUGAAUAAUGAAAGAAAGAGGCCAAACAGCACAUCUGAAACAUCACAAGAUGACACGGGUUCUGAUGAGAAUAUGGGGAGAGAAAUGGGAUGUAAAAGACAGCGGUUCACCUCAAAACAGGAUGCACCUUGUGAAGAAUCUCAAAAAACUCCAAGUGUUGAACUACAAAGGGUGACCACCACUGACAAGAAAGGGAGUAGCAAACCAAGUCACGGGACUCUAAAGGAUAAAGCGACUUCUAACGCAGACCAUCAGGAAACAGUUAAGUUGUGGCAGUAUGUCAAGAAGAAGAGCCGAGAUCCCGUGAUUGGCUUAAGUGCACUAAUUGAAUGCCAUUGUGAUCAACGUGACCCCAUCUACCUCUGUGAGUGCUGCUCUGCGAAGAUCCCAGAGAAGAAUAUCAUCAGCCAUGUUAUUAGAUUUGACCACCAGAAGAUGUAUUUGAUGGGGUUAGGGAAACUCUCAGCUGCACCAGUGGAGCAUCAGAGGAAGAAAGUCAGAGAUGAGGCUGCUUUAUUGGAACGAGAUAAAGGAUACGGAGAAGCUCAGGUUUUUGAUCUGGAUGAAGAAAUGUACAAUAACAUCUUAAAACAAAACUUUAUGUCAGCCAUACAGACAGUGAAGGAGUUAGAGGCUCAGCAGGACAGAGGGCUUGGCCUCCCUUCAACCUCAGUUUUAUCUGCUGUUCAACCUGCACAUGCCUCAGUCACUGUUCAGGCCCAAUAUGAGGACUGUUCCAUGACGGACAACAUCCAGGUGGUGGAGAUUGAUGAUGACUCAGAAGACUCUCUGGCAGAGCCAGUCUCAGGACCUGCAACCAUGUCUGUGAUCACUCAAAACGCCUCCAAAAAAGUCCCUCGUCAAUCAAAUGCAGACAUCAAAGUGACCCAUUACAAAGUCCCUGAGUCGGCUGACAACGCUAACACUGUUUCCAGAAGUAGUAAAGACGCGUCCCGUCUACAUGUGUUGCAUUCUGAUUCCACAGGAAAUAACCUCAAAGAUAAAAUUGCUCCAAACACAAUUAUGGAACCAAUAAAAACAGCCAACCCCAAUUCUAGUACAACCACCAGAUCUUCAGUUCCCACCUCCAGCUGCAGUACAACUUCCACGAAACGCAGAGAAACAAACUACAAAAGUACAGCAACUACCUCCACUGCCUCUGCAGCCACCACCAAAUCGACAGCAAGUACCAACAUCGGCACCUCAACCACCUCUAAAUAUACAGCCGCCUCUUCCAAAUUGACAGGAACCACCCCCAUCUAUAGUGGAAGUGGCUCCUGUCAUUCAAAAUCAACCACAAAAUUGGCACCAGUGUCCAAACCACUGGACAGCAGAACCGGACCUGUAUCCAGUGUUACAGCAACUUCAUGUAAAGCUGCACCCACAUCUCAAACAGGAACCGCUGGUGUGCGGGAAUCUGUCUGCAGAACUUCGCCUUCUGAAACGCCAUUCAAAAUUAUGGCCACAUCUGAAACUACAGUGACAAUUCUCUCUGGUGAUGUUGCUAAAACGUCAGUUAAAUGUGGAAAUACUGAAGCCUCUGAUGUUGCACCACAUAGUCACAAGAGUAGUCCACCUGUGGCUCCCCACCUGACCACAGCCACGUCUGUCAGGUCUGAGCACAAGAAUUUACCCUCACAGCCAUCACAUACUUCCAUGACUAAGACAAAAUCAAGUGAGAACAUUCCUAAAGUUGGCGUAAACUUCCUGAUUGCUGUGACGUGCGGAGAAAAGAAGCAAGUCUACUGUCAGCUGUGUUCAGUCAGGUUGAACUCCUCCAGUCACGUGGUCGACAAUAACCACAAGUAUAAAUACGUGAAGCGGAGCUACCCGAUGUGGACUGCCAAGCUGCCGGAGGAGGAGAGUAAAUUGAACAAGAUAGUGGCCAACUUGGCUGAGGUUGAGAAGGAUGUAGGGUCACAGAGGAUCAUGAGUAUGGAAGUGACAAGUGAUGAAUACGCAGCACUGCGUGAUCUCUCGGACAACAAAGCUCUUGAAAGAGUGAAAAAAAUGCUGAGACAGAGAAACUUGCAAUCCUCAUCAUCCCCCGCAACUGAUGAUGCAGAGGCUUUAGGACAGCAAGGUGCCCUCCCCUGUCCAUAUGAAGUUUCAAGCCCAGACGAUAGGAUGCACAUGCCACAGAAUGAAAUGUCAGGACUUUCUACUAACAACAAACCAAACCAGGAGAGUAAACAUGAGCUCCAGACACUAUUGGGCCAUAUGCCAGAAAUGAAAUCCAACUUGAAAGAGAAAGCGGGUCAGUCAGACAGAGCUCAGAACUGGACUGAUAAAGGCCAAGAAGCUACUGACCUGGUACCAGACCAGCUUCAGACAUGUGUGAGCUUCAAAAAUGAUCCAGACCCCAUUCCAGCUCCCAGCAUUCAAGAUGCACACAUAGCAGUCACUAUCAAACAGGAAAGGAUUGAGCCAGAUGUGGAGGCCCAGGCUCAUGUUGAAGUCACACCUGCAAUUCAGAGUCCUGCAGUCCAUGGUUGUGCAUAUCCCCUUGCCGCUGACUCAGAAACUAUAGGCACCUUCGCUCAAACCCAUCAUACAUGCCAAGAGACUCCUGAGAACAGACAGCAGCAAGAGAGAAGUGACUCUGAGAUACAAGACACAGAGAAGACAUCACCUGUAAUAUCCUCCAGCCCAGACCCUUUCUCUUCUACAGCUCCGGUGAAUACAGAACAGCAGAACCAAUCAAGAUCCAGUCUCAAUGCAGAACUUGUACCGAAACACCCAGGAUGCAGUCCAGGACCUGCGCAGCACAGCGCGUCACAGGCACUCCCAAAAAUUUCACGGGGGGAAAGAACUCAGGGGACAAGUAAUUUGUCCAAGUACUUAAGCGUGAAGGGACUGGAACCAGUAGGUCUGGGCUGCGUGUGGGAGUGUAAAGGGACAUCUGAGACAUCUUUCUAUUUGUGUGAGAGCUGCAGUGAGACGCUCUCCCUCAAGGACAUCUUUCAGCAUUUGGUCAGCUCUGAUCACCAGUUCAACUACAUUUUGAAGCAGUAUCCGAAGCAUCUGUCGUUCUGGCAGCAGGAGAGUCUGACCCAAGAUGAGAAACUUGACAUUUUAAAUGGCGUUGCCCAGCUACUGUCACAGCGAGAGUGUUACUACAAGAUAGAUGCACAGGGUGUAAUGCUGGGAAAGGAGCUGUAUAAAUGUGUGCGGACAGCGCCAUUCAGUGAAGCUUUAAAAAUGGUUCAAAACAUCAAGAAAGAAGAUAAACUGAGCGUCAUCUGUCUACCCACCAGUACUCCUCAACAAAUGGAACAGUCUGAGAGUCAAAUGGAAUCUCUUCCAGUGGAGGCACCUGAGAGAAGUGACAAUGGAGCAAGACAAAAACUAGAAAAAGAUCAUUUGGAAGAAGAGACAGCAAUGGCUGGAGAUUUGGAUGGGGUCAAACAUAGAACCGUCUCGAGUCCUCUGGAUGUUACCAGUGCCUCUUCGAACACUGAUUCUGUUGUAUUUCCAUUCCCCGGUUCUGGCGCAUGUCUCAGUCCCAAAGAGACCCGCAGGAGCUCUUUUACGCAACCAGAACUCAGUCCACCAAUCUCUCAGUACCAAAGACCUGUCGCUGAGAUGCAAGUGAAACAGGUGGAGGUGCACGUAGAACCCCAAUCUUUCUGUAGGCCUACUGUUAGUCCUAAAACUACUCAAACCCUGCCAGUCUCUCCCAGAGAUGACUGCCUUCCAUCCAGGAAAAGGCCAGCAGAAACAUCUGUUGAGACACUGUUCAAAACUUGCACCGAUAACCCCAAACUUGAGGAUCCUUUGCCAGCCAAAUCCACAUGCUGCUCACUGCAGCAGCACUGUGAUCCCAGCCCUGAACCAGCCUGCGAGUCCACUUCAGUUAUCCCUGAUGCAACCUCUAGCACCCUGUCGAGAAAGGACAAUGACACAGGCCCUGCACCUGACAAAGAUAACAUAUCUGUUGUGGACUGUACACCACUUGCACAACUAAUAGCUCUGAUGAGAGAGAGUAGGUCUUGGACAAGUGUCUCUCCUUGCAAGUCAGAUCCACCUAAUGCUGAGACUAUGACCUCCUGUUCUCACAAUUCAUCUGAAAGUGGUGUGGAAAGCAGAUGGGAUUCAAAGUUUGUGAAGACUAAAAGGGCAAAAAACAAAACAAGAUGGGAUUCAAAGUGUCAGCUGUAUAAAGCUACAGCCAAGUCAGACAGCACCAUGUUAACUUCUGCCAGCACUGCUGACCCCAGUGAGCUACAAAACCAGAGAAGUGUCAAUAUUCAGAACAUCUUUGGAAAUCGGAGCCAGCUCAAACCUAAUUUUAUCAACUGUGAGGCCACCAAUCAUAACGCAGGGCAGAUAUCACAGCCACAAAGUAACACACAGAAUGACACCACUGGGGUUUGUCAUCUGCCCAUUAAACCCAUCAUAACUGCCAGGUCAACCCCAACUAACCAGCAAUUGAUGGGCAGCUUUAAAGGACAGGACAACACUGAGGUGUACAUUGGCAGUCAGGGCGCUCAGAGUUUGUCAACAGUUGAAACGGCAAACUCUAGUAACACUCAGGCAGCUUUAGGAUGGUAUGGGCAGUAUAGCCAAAUGGCUUAUGUCAUAAAUGGAAAUUCGGGUCAUCUUUCUUCUGAGGUUGUUGCAGGUUACUCAGCACCAGACAACCUACCUGUGAACAGUGGGGUGUUAUACCAAGGGUACAGUGCGAGUGGGCUCUACCCAAACCAGAGUCUGCAAUCGUUUGGACACAGGUUGGCAACUCCAGUUACCCCAGAAUGGGUCAGCCCAGCAAUGCAACAGCAGCUGCAGCAACAGCAGCAGCUGCAGCAACACCAACAACUGCAGCAGCAGCAGCAACUGCAGCAACACCAGCAGCUGCAGCAGCAGCAGCAACUGCAGCAGCAGCAACAACUGCAGCAACACCAGCAGCUGCAGCAACACCAGCAGCUGCAGCAACACCAACAACUGCAGCAGCAGCAGCAACUGCAGCAACACCAGCAGCUGCAGCAACAGCAACAACUGCAGCAACACCAGCAGCUGCAGCAACAGCAACAACUGCAGCAACACCAGCAGCUGCAGCAACACCAGCAGCUGCAGCAACACCAACAACAACAACUGCAGCAACACCAGCAGCUGCAGCAACACCAACAACUGCAGCAACACCAGCAGCUGCAGCAACACCAACACCAACAACUGCAGCAACACCAACAGUUGCAGCAACACCAACAACUGCAGCAACAGCUGCAGCAACACCAACAGCUGCAGCUGCAGCAAAACCAACAAGAGCAGCUGCAGCAACACCAACAGCUGCAGCUGCAGCAAAAUCAACAAGAGCAGCUGCAGCAACACCAACAGCUGCAGCUGCAGUACUCCUCGUGGAUAAGUGCCAACCUGGCUGCUGGAGAUGGCAAAGUCACCAAUGAUGCUGCCAACUUUGGCGCUGUUCCCCUCAUCACUCCCUACAAUCAGACCCAAACAAUCACUCCAAUGCAGAACAGCAGCAAUAUAAUAACACAGACCAUCCCCCAGCUUUACUUCGGACCCUCAGCCUUUCACCAAUCUCCUACAGCCAAUAGUGAAAGCAUCUCCCAGGAAAACUCCUUUUUAGCUUCUGGUAUAGGCUUUUUUCCUGUAGCUCCCUCUAUGGCAAAUGCCAACCCUCUAAUUUCCCAUGAGACUACCUGUUAAACCAUGUGUAUAUAUUGCCACAGUCUGAAAGAUGUGUCAAAUGGUUUCAAACUCCUGAAACACCUAAUAGACAUUUAAUUUUAAAUGAAGUUAACAGAUUUUUUUGAUGGUGUAGCAAUGACUUCAGGAUAUUGCAAAUAUGUUUAAAAGUAUUGCAUAUUCAUUGAAUAUGAAUAUUGAGUUUGUAAAUAAUUUGUAAACCAUUUGAAAAUGUGGAUAUUAAGCUGCUGUUGCUCAUUUCAGUUUUUAACAUUUUUUAAUGUAACAUUUUCAGCAGUUACCACUGUGAUCUUUGAAGUACUUUUCAUUUUCAUAUUUUGUUCAAUUUAAUAAAAUUUUUGUAAAAUGGGAA